CUGCUGCUGCUGCUGGAUGGAUGUGAGUCAGUACGUAUGUGAGUGAGUGUGUGACUGGGGCUGGGCGCUGCAUUGUGACGUCACCGCGGGCUGCGCUCCGGCCCGAUUAUUCCAAACAGGAGCGGCAGCUGCGUGCGGAUAGGAGAGCCCAGUGCAACACAGAGAGAGACACAGAGAAGAGAAGCUGCUCCCCGCUCUCCGACGCCUCGGCAUCCAGCCUGGUGGCAUCUCGGCUGGGUGACUAUUGGGGAGGGGGUUGAGCCUUGAAGAUGAACCGCAGCUUUAGUAAGUCCCAGACGUUGCGGUAUGUGGCGAGCAGCUCGGUGGAGGUAAAAAGCAAGUAUGGGGCUGAGUUUAGAAGGUUCUCACUUAACCGCUACAAACCAGGAACGUUUGAUGAGUUCUACAACCUUAUUCUUCACAUUCAUAACAUUUCCAGUAUGGACGUCAUGCUUGGGUAUGCGGAUGUCCAUGGAGACCUUCUCCCUAUUAACAACGAUGACAAUUUCUUCAAAGCCGUUUCUAGUGCAAACCCACUUCUCAGAGUAUUUAUUCAAAAGCAAGAAGAAGUAGACUACAGCACCUUUGGAUCAGCUACAUUAACCCGAAAGAAAAGAAAUGCUCUGGUGGCACUUCGCAAUGACAGCCUCAGGCAUAGGAAACCUCACAUAAACAUCAGCAUGCCCCAUGACUUUAGACCAGUCUCCUCCAUCAUCGAUGUGGACAUACUUCCUGAGACACACAGACGAGUUAGGCUGUACCGGCAUGGAUGUGAAAAGCCCUUGGGUUUCUAUAUUCGAGAUGGUACUAGUGUGAGGGUGACGCCUCAUGGCCUGGAGAAAGUGCCAGGUAUAUUCAUUUCUAGAAUGGUUCCUGGGGGGUUGGCAGAAAGCACUGGUUUGCUUGCUGUAAAUGACGAGGUUCUGGAAGUGAAUGGCAUUGAAGUAGCUGGGAAGACUCUUGACCAAGUUACUGAUAUGAUGAUAGCAAACAGCCACAACCUUAUUAUCACCGUUAAACCUGCAAACCAAAGGAACAAUAUUAUACGGAGCAGCCGGAUGUCUGGAAGCUCUGGCCAAUCCACCGACAGCACUGCAAGCCAUCACAGUUUACCUCCUGCUCACCUUCUCCAGAACUUCCAUCCUGACGAGAUGGAGAGUGACGACGAUGCCGACAUUGUUAUUGAGGGCAUUGAACCCCGCAACAUUCCCAAAUCUCACAGCCUUCCUUCGGGAAGCUUGUCGCGAAUCAAUGGCAGCAGCCUGAGCCACAGGUUAGAAAGAGACUUGGGCCUCAAUCAUUCUGGAAGGGAGAGCAAUGGAAGUAUUCACAAAAUAUUAAGUAGCUUAAAAGCUGAUCCUAGAAAUAGUUUAGUAAUUCCAAAGGGAGGAAUCGAGGAGGACGGUACUGUUAUUACACUUUAAUUUGUGGAUGUAAAAAUCCUACCCAUCAUGCUGGUGUGCAGUAAAACUCACAGCAAACCAACAGUUGGAUAAGGAUGCUUGGCGUUGUUUAUAGCAAAGAGAUGUGGAAUUUGACACCUGUACUUUAGGUACUGCCAAGCGAUGCCUGGUAUUACAUUAUAACCUUGUCUUCAAUUUGCAGAGAUUUGAACAUGCAAGAAAUAUUGCCACAUGGUCACAUAAUGAACACGUCAGAGUCAGAAGAAUGGUACAAGCUUGGAAUAAAGCUAUGUAUGCUCAUGUAUUACUUCCAGGCUGUUUCUGUUGCUCAAGUCCUGAACUGCCAAAAUUGAUUUUAGGCAAGCUGUUCUAAAUGUGGAUAUUGCUUGAUUUAAUCACGUACCUCUGGUAGGUUUUUCAUUUUACCAUAAGAAAGACAGAAUAGGGUCCAGGAAAGGGAAUGAUGGAAGCACAGCAGUAGUGCAUUUUUCUACAACUCUGUAUUCAAAGUAUAUAGCUGGCCCAGUAAGAGUGCUCUAUUUUUGUGACAGCCGAUGCCGAUUGUCAGAAUUUCUCUGUUUAACAGCACCACUUGCUGGUCAACUGUGGUGAAAUACCUUAUGUUUUCCUGGUGACGGACAAAGUUCUCGUGGCACCUCUAAGGAUUUUGGUUUUUUUGUUUGUUUUUUUCCUCCUGUGAAUUUAACGGCCUAAUUGUUACAUGUUGUCUGCAUCCUAAAUGAUAUAUCCUUGUAAAGUAUAUUUGUCUGAAUGCUACCUAUUUGUGACUGUUACACUAUGUGGGAUUGUGGGACUUGGUGACAGCACAGACACAGUGGAACUGAUAAAGCAGCCUGUGUGCCCACAGUUCUAACUUGCACAGUAAAACUGUCUGCAAUGUACUGUAAUGAACUGAAUUGGUUGCUGGGGUAUUCUUCUGAUUUUUGUCAGUAUUAUCCCCCUUAUUAUUUCACUGUAAGAAACAUCUAGAUCAGGGGUCUCCAACGUUUUCAACCCAUGAGCCACAUUCAAAUGUAAACAGAGUUGGGGAGCAACACAAGCAUGAAAAAGUCCCUUGAGGUGCCAAAAAUGGGCUAUGAUUGGCUUUUUGGUAACCCCUAUGUGGACUGUCAGCCUACAAGAGGCUCUGCUUGACACUGUACUUUGUUUUAUGCAAUUAAAACUUGCUUUCAUACUUGGAAUUCAAAAAUAAACGCCUGCUUUGAGGCCACUGGGAGCAACAUCCAUGGGGUUGGAGAGUAACAUGUUGCUCACGAGAUACUGGUUGGGGAUCACUGAUCUAGAUAAUACCAUUGCCGAUUAACUCUUUUGUCUGUUAGUGAAGAAUGUGCUCAAUUUUACCCCUUAGCUGCAUGCGGAGAUCAUGAAUGACAAAUUCCAUAGCAAAUAGUGCAGUAGAAUCAUGAAGGUUAAAGGUACCUGGAUGUGAACCUAAAUGUUGAAUGCAAAGCAUUUUAACCCACUGAACUGUUUGCAUUAUGGACCCAUAGGGAUAAUCUGAUAAACAAGGAUGUAGAAAUUGGCCACUAAAAAGAGGCAAAAUAUACCACUACUUCUUGUUGGAACAAAUCAAAAAAAAUGUGUUCUGUUUUCAUUAUUGUCUGUGCCAUUGUUCAACUUGUGUAAUACAGGGAUGCCUCUCCUGCAGCCUUUCAGUGUAGUUGAACUGCAACUCUCGGAUCUGAAAAAAAAACAAAAUACAAAAACAUGCUGUCUGUGAAUGCUGAGAGGUACAGUUUAACUAGCAACUGGAAAGCUAAAGAUGUUGCAUUCCUGAUUUAGUGUUUAUUAAAUAUUUUUUAUGGAUUUAAGGUUUUUUUUUACGUUCUGGGAGAAGGAACUACAGUAGUUCAAAUGUUACUUAAACACAUUCCACUUUAUUUUUCUAAUUUAAAAACCUGAAAUGACAGUGCUUUCCAUCUAUUUGAUUUUAUACAUUUGUACUUUUAAAAGAAACAGGCUUAAUAAAGUAAAACCUAGCAA